GCUGAAUUCCAAGAUCUGCACGCACCCACACGCAUUCACCAAUUUAAAUGACCCACAAACCCUAGCUUUUUUCCCAUUGCUCUCCUUCUCAUUGGCUCUUCCUCAAUGUAGUGUAUGUAGCAUAUUCAUUCCUCUACAGAGCAAGAUGAGAGAGAAAGAGUGGGAAAGUUAGAGCGAGAAAGCUCAAAACAAAAAUACCCCAAAAGCAAAAGUAGUGAUGAGAGAGAGAUAAAGGCAGCAGAACCAAUUAGGGUUCAUUCGGAAAGUUUGUGCAUUUAGAAAGGUAACCAUUCUUUGUUCUCUCUUCACAAAUCACUAAUCGUCUAUAAGUUUUAAGCUCUGGGUUUUGGGUUUUGAAAUGGGUUGAGUUGAAUCAUCUGUGAAUCUUUUUGUUGUUUCGUCCAAUUUGGUGGAUUGAAGAUGAAGCUGCUUUUGUGUGGUGGUUUUGUGGCUUGAAUUUAGGGUCUUUAGUGGGAUUGUGUACUUGGGUUCUGGGUGGUUUUUAAUUUCCUUUUUUGCUUUUUGGUUCUAUUUGUAGUUCACUUUUGUGGGUGAUUCUUCUUUUGGGAAUCUAGGGUUUUGUUUUUGGUGGAUUGUGAUUAGCAAUUGGGAAUUCGAUAUGAGAGACUUUGAUGUUGUAUGGGAGGGUGAUUGAGCUUGAAUCUGUAUAGGGCACAAAUUCUAGAGUUUUGUGACGGUAAAGUGUGUGAACUUUUGGAUUCUUCACCAGUUGGAGGUUUUUCAGAGUCUCAUAAGGCGGAGGUUUGACGCAAAUGUUAAAAACUGAAGCUUUGGUUGAUUUUUAAAAUUUUAUUGGAUUUAAAUCCUGUGGAAUUUUUGGGUAUUUGAAAAUCUUGGUGUGUUUAUGAUUAGUUAGCUUUUAAGGAAAUAAGAGUGGAAAUGGCGGCGGAAUCGAACACGGGUUUUCGCCAUGGGGGAACUUUUGGCUCUCCUUUUAGUCGGCAUGCUAUAUCUUUUCAGUCAGGUGCUAUAAACAGCACAUCUGAUAUGAUCCCGAUGGCGAAUUAUUACGGGAUAAAUAGUACAGCAGGCAUGGUGUUUUCUGGAAAUUCCAGCAUCAUUAACAAUAAUCCAGGAAUGACUCAAGCUGGGAGUUCUUCUGGUUCUUUUCUUCUCGAUUCUGUGCCAGGGCUCAAGCAUGACGCUGAUAUGGCUGCAGAGUGGUCUGUUGAAGAACAACAAAGGUUGGAGGAAGGACUUGACAAAUAUGCUGCCGAACCCAGUAUAAUGAAGUAUAUUAAGAUUGCAGCUAUGUUGAAUGAUAAAGAUGUACGUGCCGUGGCUCUGAGGUGUAGGUGGAUGACGAGAAAAAAAAGGAAAUGUGACGACCAAAAUUUGGGGAAGAAAGUGAAAGACAGGAAGGAUAAAUUGGUGGCAUCAUCCUCCAAGAUAAAUAUAUCUUCAGCUUCACUAUUGAAUAUGGCUCCGUAUUCUUUGAUCCCGAACCAUUUGGACCAUAAUGAACACAUGCAUUUUGAAGCAUUAUGUGGCCCAACAAGACAUCUGUUGGAGCAAAAUAAUCGAGUUCUUAGUCAAAUUUCUGCGAAUCUUUCUAUACUGAAGUUAGAUGAUAACAUCGAUCUCUUUUUUCGCGCAAGGAACAACAUAGCUGUCAUACUAAAAGACAUGAGAGAGAUGCCUGGCAUAAUGAGGCGGAUGCCACCACUGCCUGAAACAAUAAAUGAGGAACUUGCAAAUAGUAUAUUUCCUAGUACAUCUCAGCAGGCAAUGAUGUUCGGCUCAUCAAGUGGAGUCCACUUGAAACAGGAGCCCCGAUGUUGAUGGCAUGCUCAAUCCUUGAGGUUGAGUUUGAUUUAUCUUUGUAUGUGUAAGUACAAAACAAUUUUCUGCUGUAAAUGCGUAAGACAGAUUAUAGGAGCUCUCUUUCUUCCACUUUGUGUACAAGCAUACUCAUCACACAUAUUGGGUCCUGUGAUGAGAAAAAAUUUGUAGAGAUACAUCCCAUUUUUGGAAACUGAAAUGUUUACCUCUCCCGAUAUUAUAAUAAUAACAAUAAUUGCAUAGA